CCAGGCGCAUUCGGGUCGUCGGACCCGUUGUCGUUGUCGAUCUGUCCGCGGAAAUGGACGCAGGGUUGUUUACACCGCGCGCGUCGAGGAAUAGCGGAUGCGCGAGGUCCAGCGGUCGCGAUGUCAAGUGCGGAUUCGCGUGAGUCGCGAUAACAAUAACAACGAACGUGCACUACAGCGACACGCGAAAACAAAAUGUCUACGACGUGCCGCUGCUGCGUGUUUACGAGCGGCAGCGGUCGCUGUCAACGCGCGACGUGACGUAUUUCUCUUGAUUCUACCAUCGCGUUCUUGACCCGCAACGAUAUACAAAUGAUAAGCCGUGAGACGAGAACAGGCCAGCCGCGGUCGCGCGAUGGUCGUGUCUUUUAACCGAUAUCUACCGGUAAUCUUGCCGGAGAUCGGGGAUAGCGAGUCCGCUCGUGUCGCUGGAGUGAACGGGGUCGAGCCGCUCGACGGCAAGCAACGUGCUUCCUACAUCGCGGAUGAGACCGUCGCGAGAGACUGUUCGACCACCAUCUGUUGCCCGACAACAACGACGACGACUACGACAACGACAGCGGCUGCUUCCGUGACGACGCCGGCGGUCACCGUGCCGCUAUGCGUCCUGGGCGAGGUGCAGCUGCGCUUCCUCUGUCCCGAUGACCUGGAGGAGGUGCGCUCGCUCUGUCAAGAUUGGUUCCCCAUAGAUUAUCCUUAUUCAUGGUACGAAGACAUUACAAGCUCGUCGAGGUUCUAUGCGCUUGCGGCGGGUUAUGGUGGAGUAAUAAUAGGGCUGAUCGUUGCAGAGAUAAAGCCCUAUGCCAGGUUAAAUAAAGAAGAUCGCGGUAUCUUGUGUUCCAGUUUAGGAAAAAAUUGUUUAGUGGGUUAUAUACUUAGCUUAGGAGUACGACGCGCGUAUAGGAGAAAUGGAAUAGCUUCGUUGCUGUUGGAACAACUGUUGGCCCAUGUCACCGCUCCCGAACGUUCCUCUGUAAAGGCAGUCUUCCUACACGUGCUCUCCAGCAAUGCUCCUGCAAUAUUGUUUUAUCAGAGAUGUCACUUUCGAUUGCAUAGCUUUCUUCCAUAUUAUUAUUCGAUACGGGGAAAAUGUAAGGACGGUUUUACAUACGUUCUGUAUGUUAACGGCGGACACGCACCGUGGGGCAUCUGGGAUUGGGUACGCCACUUGGCCGGCGCGAUGACCAACUUUGUACCAUGCAGGGUACCGCGUUGGAUCUGGCAACGUCUUCUAUGGGCAACUACUAUUCUUUCUUAUCACAGAUGAUACAUUUUGUGAUUCAUUAUGUUCCAUGUAUGUUUAUUUUCCUUUUUUGAAUUCUAAGACACUAUACGCGCAUUAAAGUGCCAUAUAUGCGUAUAUAUCGAUUCAUUUUUAUAAGAGAUUUAGUUAACCAGAGAUUAGAAUUCUAUAUGAUUUUAUUAUUGAAUAGAUUCAUGUUGAUGCAAAGUUAGAAAUAGAUAUUAAUCUGUGGUCAACUUAUAAUGCCAACGAAUAUCUAAAUUCGUAAAGUUUGGAGGAGCAAAGACUAUAAAGUAUUUUAGCACAAUUUUUGUUACCAAGGAUUACCUAGUUGUUGAAAAUAUACUGUUGCUGUAACAAUAGUAUUGUAAUAGUUCAAACUAUGUAACUGCCAAAAAUAAUUAAGUUGAAAUAAUUUGCAUAUUAAUAUAUCUUCCAUUGUAUUCUUAAAGAUACAGAAUAGAAUGAUUUUUAUUUUGAACUUAAAGAAUAAGAGCUUCGAGAUAAUUAUAUUUAAUGUGAUACAAGACUAAAAAAAAGACAGUUAAUUGCUGGCGUUUAUAAAAAUUUAUACUUAUAUAUGCAUCGAAAAAAUAUAUACACAGAAUGGAAUGAGCCAUUAUAUCUUUGAAUCAUGAAUAUGUUAAGCAAAUUAUUUUAAAAUACAUCUUACA